CUGAUAAAAGGUGUGCGCCCCCACUGCCCAGCUAAUACUUUUCAUUUUAGAGAUAAAAUUAUCCUAAUUUUCCUGCUUUGAAUGCAAAUCUAUUCCAAUAUCAAUCUUUCCACCUUGAAAAGGGCCAGACUAUUAAAAAAAUCUUUCAUUUAUAUCCCCUCUGAAAGAGGUGUGUUUUUCAAACCCAUCAUUGUCUUCACUGUUAGAAAGGAAUGUGCACAUUUAUAACUUAUGUAAUUUUUUGAUAAUAUUACAUUAGCUUGGCAUCCAAUUGUAUGCAUAAUGAUUGCAGCUUUGGUGUCAAAGCAAUAUCUCUCUGAAUAGGAAAAUGAAUUCAGUUUCUGGUAUUGCAUAAGGGGCAAAUUACUCUUUGCUAUAAGUAGAGUACCUUUGCAGUCUAUGUACCUAAAUUUAGAUAGCCUCUGAGAUAUGGGAGAAUUGACCUAGUAUGAAACAAAAGUUUAGACGUUAUAGUGAGAAUGUCCUUCAUUCUGUGCAUUCAUUCGUGUAAAGGGCACACCCAGUGACAGACUCCAGAACAUCAAAACUGUGAAGCAUGGGUGGGGGAGAUACUUGCACUCCUUUUGUUUUUGUCUGAACUCUCAAAGCAGAGCGCUAACAAAAGUAUUGUGAAAGCAAAGACAAAACAUUGGCUAACUUGAGAAAGAGGGGUUCGGACCAUAAGACUUGAGAUGAGACUUGUAUGUGCAUGAUUCAGACCACAGAGGGCACUGGCAUGACCAUGGGUUAGGGUCAGAUGAAAAACUCAUUUGGUGUGAGGGAGACAUAUACAUCCCUUGCCCGGGCCACAUCUCCUGGUUACUCCACAUGAAUUUAUCAAACUUAGCUCACCAGAGUAGCUACAUUAUGAGAAGUUUUGAAUGACAGACAACCUUGGGAAUUCAGACUAGAGGCAAUUAAGGGAACAUUUUAAAAUUUCGAGGGAGGAAAAUCUGCAAGGGAAAUGGUAUGUUUUGGAAAAAAUUAAUUCUUUGGAGUUACCUACAAAGUGGGGGUGGGGGUGGGAGCAGGACCAGGAAGCUCAGUGAAGCUAUUCUAAUGCUUCAGAUAUGACGGCAGCUCAAAUAGCUGGCUUGAGACCAGAAAGGAAUGGUGAUGUGUGGUUGAGAAAGCUUGCUAUUUGUACUCUGGUUUUGUCUUCAUGGAGUUUAGCCUAAAGCACAUCUCAAGAGCCCGUUUGCCCACCUGUUGCAGUUGCUUUCCUGUGUGUAUUCAGCCUUUGAAACUUGUACACACUUAUUUCAAAACCUACGGUUGCUACAGUGACAUGAAAAAGACUUGACAUUUCUGUAUUUUCUGACUUCUUCAUGGCUUGGGGCAGGACAUCCUUUUCAUGACCAUUUUUAUUUUCUGUACAUUUAAAAGAAUUUUUCAAAGUUGUGUGAAAAGUAGCAAAAGCCAUAUGAAGAUAUUGUUCUAGUCAGAAAAAGACUGGAAUGUCCGUUGUGUGAGUUGCACUUUCUAUUUGUAUGAAAGGUUCUCUCUGUAGUGUAACUGUGUGUCAUUCAUGUCAUAAACCACAUGACGGUGUUGUAGAUAAGUGUAACAGACUUUGCCCUGUGCUGGUGACAAGCGGCAGAGCAGAACAGUUGGACUCACUAGGAAGGAGACCACAGGCUGGAGGAUCCUGGGAAGGUGGCGUAGAGGCAUUAUGAAAGACUUCUACGUCAGAGUUACCAUCACAGUUAUAGGUCUUUGCUUUCCGGGAACAGCGACAAACUCACCGAGAAAAAGUGGUGUUUUCCGCAACCCUGAGUACCAGUGGGAUGAGCAUCUCUUAGCAAACUGGUCUUCUAUGAGACACACAUCACAGAUAGCAGACACCGUGGAUGUGAGUUCCCUUUCCUUUCAAGUCUUCUUCCAGUCUCACACGAGAAAAGAAUGGCAAAUAAAACAUCUGGACCUCAGUAACCAAAGCAUAUCGAAAAUGACCCUCAGCCCUCUGGCUCCUUUACAUGCUCUGGAAGUACUAAACCUCAGCAACAAUGCCCUGCGUUCCCUCUCGCUGGAUCUGCCCCGGGCUCGCCCCGCUCAGCAAAGGCGGCACAGAAACAGCUCCCACAGCAGACUGCCCCGUCUAAAGGUACUGAUACUGCAGAGAAACCAACUCGGUGGCACUCCUAAAGGACUGUGGAAGCUGAAGUCGCUACAGAGUCUGGAUCUGUCAUUCAACAGGAUAGUUCACAUCGGGCUGUCUGAUUUUCAUAGCUGCCUGCAGCUGGAGAACAUCUAUUUAAAGAGCAACAAGAUAUGCGCAGUUCACCCUGAAGCCUUCAAGGGCCUCAACAAAUUACAGGUGGUAGAUCUCAGAAGCAAUGCACUGACCACCCUUGCACCCAUUGUGACCAUUGCUCUAGAAUUACCCCACCUGGAACUUGACUUGGCUGAUAACCAGUGGCAGUGUGGCGAGAGCAAUGACAACUUCCAAAAUGUCACCUCUGCAUCCUGGAGGGAGAAGUGGGAUGCCAUCUGCAACACGGCUGUGGGGAAUGAAAAGCCAUAUUUGGAGACCCCCCAGAUCAGAAUUUCCAGGGAAGCACACCGUCCUCCUGCUCCGAGUGACGAGAAUGGCCUCGUGCAGAGCAAGGCAGAGAGACCCCAGGAAGGAGUGGACGCUCACCUUUCCACUCUGGAGAAGCAGGCACAGGUGGACGAUGGUGGUCUCAAGGAGAUUCGGCCACAGAAAGAGGCACAGGUGGCCUAUGAUGACCUCGAGGAGACACAGCCACGGCCCCCCACAGAACUCAGAGACUCCCAGGACGGACAUGACGCUGACAGAAAGGAGGCUGACUCCCCAGACCUCAUCCUGGCCAUCUGCCUGUCCGUGUUCAUCACAUUUGUGGUGGCCUUCUCCCUGGGCGCCUUCACAAGGCCUUGUAUUGACAGGCUAUGGAGACAAAGCUGCCUGAGCAAAAGACCUGGCGCCGAAAAUGCCUAUGCAAAUGAGGCUUUCUAUGAUGAAGUCGAAGCUCCCCGGCGUGUUCAGUGCCAAGGGGCAGAGCUGCGCCAAGCUCCCCACGACCUCAACCUUUAUGAGACCCAGAACCCUUCCUGGGUGACAGAGCCAAGUCUAUACGAUACCAUCAUGUCAGAAAUGGUAUCGCAGAGCAGCAGAAUGGAGCUCAGUGGUCAACAGAACCCAAUGCAAGUCGAGGACAACACUGGGGUAAGAAGUGGCGUCUGCAAUGUGCUUCCAUAUGCCCACGUAACCCAUUCUGCUCUCCCUGGACUUCCAAAUGCUGAUACUCAAGAGUGGAUUUCAACAGAACAGGAUCACUACGAUGUUCCCGAAGAAUUACAUUAUGACACGGUGGCCCGGGAAUAUUCUCUCCACAAGGGUGUGAUGGAUGAAUCUUCCAUUGCUGGCCCUCUGCGAACUGUUCCCAGCCCCAUCAAUGAUGGUGGAUGGGACGAAUUGCACCUGUCACAGUCAGGAGAUGUUGUAGCUCCCGUCUCUAAAACUCUGGUACAUACAAACACACAAGGGUCUGGGGAGAGUGAGGAAAGGGGGUGCCCUGAACCUUUGGUAGCUAUGGGAUCACCGGUAGAAUCUUCCCAAGUGAGCUAUUCCAUCAGCGGGCUGGCCACACAGCAGCCAAGCUUCCAGGAAGCCAACGGUGAGGAAGAGGUGUCAGGUGUCUACGAUGAAGUCUUAUAUAAUGGCCCAGGAGAUGUAGACCCACCCUCCCUUAUGCCAAGAUGGGACAGUGACCCUUAUGUUACUCCUGCCUCUGAGGAGCCUGUGCUAAGAGAUGCUCCUCUUGACUCUCAUUAUGACUUGGUGACCAAUUACGAGUCUGAUUCUGACGAGGGCUCUUUGUUUACCCUGAGUUCUGAGGAUUCUGAGGAUGCAAGGAGCUUGCCCGAGGAACAGGCAUCUGUGGAGAAUGGUGGGGCUAGUCAGGCCCUCCCCAGCAGGAACUUGGGAGAAUACGAGGACAGUGUGGCAUCAGCAGGAAGUGAUGAGGACAUCACUCCACAGAGGAUUCUGGAGAAAUGUGAAAUUCGGGAAGCUCUCUUUGGAAACCUUCUCAUUUCUAGUCCAGACUCAUUUGUUGAGAUGAAUCUGGAAAGUGACUCUAACUCCACUGGCCCUCAGAUUAUAGCAACCUGGCCUAAGCCACUAGGCUAUAAGCUAUCCCAUCAUGAGCCCCCAGGCGUACUUGUAUGUGAUGGUGGUGUAGGGCUCCAGUCCAAGGUAGUGGAGCACUACUGCCUUAGCGACCUGGAAUUCCCAAAUGUGGAUCAUUCACCGUCACCAAGAAGCCUGCCACCAAAGAUAAGUAAACAUCGGUAAAUAGCCACCUUGUGUGGCUGGGGGAUAGAGCUCUGUUGGCGGACUGUUUUCUCAGAAUGCACAAAGUCCUGGGUUCAAUCCCCAGUACUGUAUAAACUGGGCACAGUGGUACAUACUGUCAUCCCAGAGACAGGAAACAGGGCUUAAACUGAAAUGGAUUUUUCAGGGUGGGUGAUAGGGUGGUCUGACAAACGAGAGCCCUAUUGCUCCAACAAUCAACUUGAGACAGAUGGUAGGUCUACAUGAGAAGGCCUGGCUUCCCACUCAGACUCCAGGCUCACAUCCCCAACUUCCAUUGCCCAGGUCUACAUGGAUCACCCUGGAACCUAAAAGUCAUCAUUUUCAUUCACAAAUAUGAUCUCCCAAGGUCACUUUUUGAGUCAACAUGAUCACAGUGUCAACCCAGUAAAUCCAUUUACAGUU